CUUCAAUGACGAUUACCUGUGCAAUUGGUUUCCUCUGGGCUACCUGGUAAUACUGAGCAAAACACACACUCUGUCUGUCUGUCACUCUCGCUCUGCGUUAGAUUUUACUUGUUAGGAUGGAACAUAAGUAUCUAGGUAAAAUAUAUUAUUAUUACUGAGCUGGCUUACAAGUAUACUGUCCGCAGUGAUCGCAGCGGUCAGAACGGUCAGGCAAUUGUGGAGCUGUUUCCGCAGGGCCAAGACGACCGCAUGCGGGACUCGAGCUUCUGUUUGCAGGCUGCAUGCAUAACUAUACAUUUUGAAUAAUAGUGCCAAUCCUAGCAAGGAAGGCAUUGGAAAGACAUCUUCGAAGAAUUGGAGACGCUACCCUGCACCAUGGGGCCCAACGUUUCGAAAAUGCUCAGAAAUAUUCCACUGCGUAGAAUAAAAAAAUGCCUUCUUGGUAUCAAACCCAAUCUCGCCAAAAUUGCCCGGUCCUUUUAACUCCCCGGCUCGACGUCAUUGGCUCCAGUAGCGGUUUUACGACGUGGGAUGAGAUUAUUCUUGUGUUGCAAAAUUGAAUUGUGGGAAUAAUGCGGCAAACGCAUCAACGAUUCUUGAAGAUGGCCAACGUGAGAGAGGUGAAGCACAACUCUUAUUAGCAGAGAUAACAAGAAGAUAAAGUGAAUGUCAUUUUGCCUAAAUCCACAAGACGCAUCAAUUUGACACUGCUACAGAAUUGAUAAUUAUCAUAACUGCACGUUAUAAUAAUUUUGCUCCUGCUUCAAUCACGCAUAUAAUUCCGCGUCCCACUUUCUCGCAUCUCUCCCGCUAAAGAGCAGCGAUUGAUUCCCAUCCGCACAGCCAUUUUACCCCGGCCCCCCUUUUUAUUGUUUUAUUCAAGAUCCCACGCAGGCACGAAGAGACUGCUUCCGCAUAUUCGUACUGAUAGAAAGAAGGAAAAAGAGGCUUCAAUAGACAGAAAGGAAGAACGAAAACCAAACAGAAAAAAAAGGAACAGACAGCUAGAAACGAAUAUGUCUCUCGAUAUCAAGUUUAAAUUGAGCAAUGGCGUCACCAUUCCUGGCCUGGGAUUUGGUACCUUUGCCAACGAAGGCGCCAAAGGCGAGAGUUACGCAGCUGUGCUUCACGCUCUCAGAACUGGUUACAGACAUCUGGACUGUGCCUGGUUCUAUCUCAACGAGGAUGAGGUCGGACAGGCUAUCCAUGACUUCCUAAAGGAAAACACCAAUGUCAAAAGAUCCGAUAUCUUCGUCACCACAAAGGUCUGGAACCACCUGCACGAGAAAGAUGAGGUAGAAUGGUCCCUCAACGACUCACUCAAAAGGUUGAAACUGGACUAUGUUGACCUGUUCCUGAUUCACUGGCCAAUUGCUUGCGAAAGCAAUGAGAAGGGUCUGCCCAAGAUUGGCCCUGAUGGAAAAUAUGUAAUCAAACGCAACUUAACCAACAACCCGGAACCAACCUGGCGAGGCAUGGAAGCCGUCUACAAAGCCGGCAAAGCCCGCGCCAUCGGCCUCUCCAACUUCACAAUCCGCGGCAUGGAACAGAUCCUCUCCUUCGCUGAGAUCCCACCGCACGUCAACCAGGUCGAAAUUCACCCCUUCCUCCCUAACACCGAGCUCAUCAACUACUGCUUCGCACACAAUAUCCUGCCCGAGGCAUAUUCACCUCUCGGCUCCCAGAACCAGGUGCCAACGACUGGUGAGAAGGUGGCUACGAACCCAACGCUCAAUGCCAUUGCCAAAGAAGGUGGGCACACGCUCGCUCAGGUGCUGAUUGCGUGGGGUCUACGGAGGGGCUAUGUUGUGUUGCCCAAGUCUUCGAAUCCCGGCCGAAUUGAGAGUAACUUCCAGGAAAUUGGGUUGACUGAUGAGCAGUUUGAGGCUGUGAAUAAAGUGGCAGAGGGGAGACAUGUACGGUUUGUGAACAUGAAGGAUACAUUUGGAUAUGAUGUGUGGCCUGAGGAAAGUGGCGGUGAGCUUCUGGGUAACGGGAAGGCGGAGUGAGUGGGUGUGUAUGUUCUGUUUUGCUCUUAGAGAAUGUGCUCUUUUUCCGCUGAAGGGGAUUCAGUUUGUUGUAUUGGUCAGGAUCUAACCUGUGCAUUUUCGUUGUGAAGUAUUAGAGGACCUAUUGUUCGGAGCAAGCUCUCGUAGGAUAAAGUAUUUAUGCUUCAUGUUCAUCGAGCACUUUUGGGAAUCUGGUCGAUUUUGGUGGAAAAUAUUGCAAAAAACGUCGUUCAUAAUAAUAGAUCAAGGAAAAAGAAAUUUCAUAUAUAAUAUCCAUGCCCGUAACGCCCGAAUGCCAACAAGUAAUAAAGUAACAACCAAUGCAAUUCAGAAUAAAACAGAAA